CACAAACUGCUUGGAAGUGUGUAAGCAGCAAGCGCAGCUUGUCUAUUCACCGUCUUUCACGUCACUGAUGAAAAUUUACGGCGAAAGUGUUCGUCUGACUUCUUUCAUCAAAUAAUAUUUGCAGAAGCCCAGCACAACCGCCCAACUAUUCUACACACCAGCCCUUUCGCAGUGCUCCAGAACCCGAACACAGCGACGACGAUGGUGCAUACAUCCUCCUCGCUCUCUAUACCUCUCCGCUCUGGCGUAUUCAUCAAUUGCAAUGCUGGCGCGACGAGUUCGGCUUGGCGCCAAUCGCACAGAAGCAAAGGCCCCGAAGGUGCACGGUCUUUGGUCCCUGCUCUGCCCCUGCUCUGUAUCUGCUCGCAGCGAAGAGGCCUAGCAACUGUGCGUGGGUGCACAAGAGAAGUCCGUACAUCAAGACCUAAAGGGACGAAGUUUCCAUUGAACUCGCUGCAAAGCUCAAAUGCAAGCUCAGUCCUGCGUCAAAUGAAACUGACAUCCUCACGACCGUUUGCCAAUUCAUCAGCGGCCAGCACUGCAUCUCAGCCUGAGUCCAAUGCACCAGGCCCACCCACACCGCAGCCUCCCUCGCAAGGAAGGGACCAGAGACCCGUAACUUUGGAGUCAAAGCCAAAAGGAAAAGUAACACAGGCUAUCGAGCAGCUCAAGGCAGCAAGCGGGACCAGCGCGCCCGUGGCACUAUCCGAGAAUAUCUACACGAUACCGAACCUGCUGACGACAUUGCGCCUGCUGAGUGUUCCCGUGCUGGGGCAUCUGGUGCUGACGUCGCAAAUGCCGGCGGCAGCCGCGCUGCUGUUUGUCUCGGGCCUGACGGACGUCGUAGACGGCUGGCUGGCGCGUAAAUGCAACAGCUACACCGUCUUUGGCAGCAUCGCGGACCCGGCGGCGGACAAGGCGCUAAUGACUGUGAUGGUCGUGUGCCUCGCCAUCAAGGGCCUCUUGCCGGUACCCUUGGCCGUGCUGAUCCUCGGCAGAGACGUAGCGCUCGUCUUAUCCGCCUUCUUGAUCCGAUACCGCUCGCUGCCGCCGCCAAAGACGUUUGCGCGGUACUGGGACAUUUCGCUGCCGUCAGCGUCUGUGCAGCCGACACAGAUCUCCAAGUACAACACUUUCCUGCAGCUGCUGCUCGUCGGUGCGACAACGCUGCUACCCUGCCUGCCGCCCGACGUGCAAGCGCUGCAGAGCGUCCAGCUCGGCUUGAGUGCUUUCCAGAUCGUUGUGGCCGCGACGACGGUCUGGAGCGGGGCAAAUUAUCUGUUCGGGAGCGGGGCUGUAAAGUAUCUGCACCGCAAGUGAAGAUUCAUCUCGCUCCGGCAGCCGACAUUGAACUACUCCAGGAUGUGGAGAGGUCGCAGCAGACGACGACCGGGUUCUUGCUGUUGACAAACGUUCGCGAGCCAUUGAUGUUCCUUCAUGAUGUAGAUCGGAGAGCCUACAACCACUGUCCUGAACUGCGUG